AUGUCGAUCUUCGACCCGCUGGGCUUUCUUAGCAACUUUGUAGUGAGCGCCAAGAUCCUCAUGCGGGAAGUGUGGAAGAAUGACAUCCGGUGGGACGAACCACUGCCAAACAACGUAAACACCGCAUGGGAAGGAUGGCGUAAGCAACUGCCAAUGGUCGCCGAAUACACCGUCCCUCGAUACUAUUAUCGAAGUGGAAAACCUAAAGUUUUGCAGCUCCAUGUUUUCGUCGACACCAGCGAGGAUGCCUUUGCCGCGGUAGCCUACUGGAGGUCAACUAAUGCCGCCGGUGAGGUUGAAGUCGCAUUUAUAUCUGCAAAAACUAAAUGCGCGCCGAUGAAGUCAUUGACGGUCCCUCGAUUGGAGCUUCAGGCAGCUGUAUUGGGUACGCGUUUGAUGAACUGCCUACGAGAGGAGCACUCCUUGCACAUCGAUGACUGCGUCAUUUGGAGUGACUCCACAACAGUGAUCCAGUGGCUUCGCAGUGAACAUCGGCGCUAUAAGCCAUUUGUGCAGCAUCGAAUCGCCGAGAUAUUAGCCACAACUACUACUGCAAAUUGGAGAUGGCUACCUACCGAGUACAAUGUCGCUGAUGAGACUACUCGAGCUAAUAACUUUGUCGACUUCAGCUCGUCCGCCCGUUGGUCCUGCGGCCCACCAUUUUUGUUACGAGAAGAGCAGUAUUGGCCGACAGAGAGCUCUACAUGCAAUCAUCAUGAGGAAGCUGACAAGGAACUACGCCAUAAUUCGCCCUUGCAAUCCAAACUGGUGAGAACGACAGCAUGGGUCCUGCGAUUCAUUGACGUUUGCCGCCGCCGUAAACCGCCAGACCGAUGCUAUGGGUUGACUGCCAAAGAAGUUGAGACUGCUAAGCUUUGUUUGUGCGGUCUCGUUCAAAGCGGUGAAUACGAGGAAGAGUUUCAGCACAUCGAAAGCGGUCGCAACCUGCCACGCACCAGUUCGCUCAUUCAACUUUCGCCGUACAUAGACGAAGAUGGUGUUCUUCGUGUACGAGGACGCAUAGAAGCUGCCAGCUGGCUCCCAAUAAGCGCGAGACGCCCUAUCAUACUACCGCCAAAGCAUUGUUUCUCAAAUCUGAUUGCCAUGCACUACCACGUCAAAAUGCAUCAUCAAAAUCUAGAAGCCACUAUUUGUGAGAUACGUCGCCUUUAUUGGGUGCCACGCCUCAGGAGUUUGCUGCGCAGUAUAGUCGCCAAUUGCGCCAUUUGUCGCUUAAGAAAAGUCCAUGCCGUAUCGCCAUUGAUGGGCCCUCUUCCGAUUGAUAGAUUAACUCCUUAUGUCAGGCCAUUCAGCUAUACGGGCCUUGAUUACUUUGGACCGAUAACAGUAACUGUUCGCCGCGCCAACGAAAAAAGAUGGGUGGCGUUAUUUACGUGCCUGACAGUCAGGGCUGUGCAUCUGGAGUUGGCUCAUGACCUCAGCACUGACUCAUGUAUAAUCGUAUUGCGCAACUUUAUAAAUCGUCGCGGCGUUCCCGUACGUGUGAGGUCCGAUAAUGGGAAGAACUUCGUCGGUGCUGACAUGGAAGCAAAACGCUUCAGUGAAGUCUUCGAUUGCAAUCGCCUGCAGGGUGAGCUGUCGCAAAGGGGCGUAGAGUGGAUCUUUAACUCGCCUUUCAACCCGGCAGAGGGGGGCGCCUGGGAACGAUUGGUGCAGUGCGUCAAGAGAGUACUACGAUGCACUUUGAAGGAAACGUCGCCACGGAAGCACACGCUCAACUGCUUCCUAAUCGAGGCGGAAAAUAUUGUGAAUUCUCGGCCGUUGACGCAUUUGCCCAUCUAUGUCAACCAGGAGCAGCCGCUGACUCCAAAUGACUUCCUUCUGGGUGAAGCCAACACACCGCGAACUCCGAUUGCCAGCAAAGUUCUGGAAACCAAAUGCUUUCUUCGACAACAGUGGCGUCUUGCUCGACAACUAAGGGACCAUUUUUGGAAACGAUGGAUAGCGGAAUACCUUCCGACAUUGACACGCCGAGUUAAGUGGUGCCAACGAACAAAACCUCUGCAGAUAGAUGACCUCGUCUUCAUAUGCGACCCCAAUAUAUCUCGUCGGGACUGGUGUCGAGGCAAGGUGGAACGCUUGUAUGCAGGAGCGGAUGGUGAGGUCAGACGAGCUGACGUACGCACUUUGAGUGGAUUAAAGCGCCGUGCCGUCUCCAAAUUGGCAGUUCUGGACGUUGAUGAUGGUGAAUCGGGUUGA